AUGAGUCUCGCCGAGUCCGCGCCCAUCUCCGCGCAUAUUGCUGGCAGCACACCCCGGCUGCCGCUCGAGCCAAGCGCGGGGACGACACCCAGGUUGAGUGAGCCUGCUCAAAUCACCCCCGCCACCACCGACAAGUCGUCCAAGAAGCGAUCGCAGCCCCACCCUCUCCCGCGAUUCAUCAAAGAUCUCCACGACGGCCACGCGAUCGGCGACGUCGCCCUCACGCCAAAAUCCCAACGAUAUGUCAUUCUCGACCUACCCUCCUCACCCACUCGAGGGCUAUCGAGCUCCCCUCGGCUCUCGUCCCCCGCUGGCUCCCAGAUUUUUGAGCGUGACGUGCAGGAUAGCGUCAUCUUGCCCACAUCCCCUGCGAUACCUUCCCACAUCCAAACCGAGAACCAUAUUCCGCCGGUUCUGAACGCCUCGUCCGAGGCCAUCACCGACCGGCACCUCGAUCCGGACAGCCCGCAGCACCAGUCGUUCGAUCAGUGGGCCGAGGAAUUUUCGGGUUCUAUCAAGGGCCUAGAGAUGUCCCCCGCCCGCAAGCCCAUCGGCAGCCCUGCCGGUACACUACAUGGUGCUAGCGCGGGCAGCGAGAUCAAUGUGGAGACGAUGUCACAGGCGUUGAGACGGACCGGCAGCGGCGAUCUCAGCGGGAGUAAAAGUUACCCGACCAGCCCAAUUGAGGGGCCCGGCUCACGCUAA